AAGCAAAGAAAAAGAACAGAGAGGCGCAAUUCUUUCCAACCCUGCGCAGGAUCAAUUGUAGCAAAAAAAAACACGUUGACAUCGCAGCGGCAUAGGCACAAUCGCGAUCGCAGUUGCAAUCCCAAUAGCAUACGCGUGCGUUGCAGCGAAGCCACCUCGUUUGGUAAAACAUACGUUCAGUUCGGGUGACGCGAGAUGAGAAGAAAUUUUAUCCGCAGCUCAGUUGCUUUUUUAAUAAAUAGGAAGGCCCACCCCCACGUAUAACGCGCGGCAUAUUAUUUUACAUUCGUUGCGGAGGCGCGCUGGUGAAUUUUUUUUUUUUCCAGAUAAUCUGUUGCGCUGGUGAGCGUACGGGCAGGAGGAAGGCUUGUUCUCCGCGCCGCUUGGAGGGUUCACCACAGAGGUGAAGCGGUGAGGAAGCGAAGCGGUGAAGAAGCGAAGCCUGUAGAAGCGAAAAGGCCAACUCGCUAACGUUGCCAGCCGCUCCCCCGCCACCCCACCGCUAAUCACCAUGUCGGUGUACAUCCAGCUGACGCACGACCUGUCGGGGACGGUGACGGCCGUGACGAUCGGGGACUGGAUCCUGGGGAUCCUGAAGCAGAAGAACAUCCAGGAGUACGAAGUCUUCUUCAAGAAGUUCCUGAACAUUUACCAGAAGCAGGACAAGGACUCGGAGAGCAACAACCGAUCGGAAAUUUUCUCCCUACUCCUAUCGGCGAGCGACCUCGUGUUCGAGACCCUAGUGGAGACGAAGAAAAAUAACAAAAUAAAAGUUAUAAUUGAUAAUAAGGAAAGCGUGAAAACGUUUAAUGAGUUCUACAGAGAAGUGGAAGAAUACUUUGUAAUCCUCAUAUCCAUUUUGCAAUUAGAAUUUAAGACCGUCGAAGAUUUGAACAAUGCGACGAACAACUUUAUUAUGGCCAUUAAAAAUUUUAAUGUGUUCCCCGAAUUGAGGUUAAAAAUUUUGCAGCUACUGUAUAACUCCUUCAGCGUUAACUUCUCCUUUAGGUUUCCAACCUUCAUUGCCAUUUUGCAGUUUUCCUCUCAAAAUAAUAUUUUCCAUUUUAUUCUCCCCUACAUAAAAUUCAUUGACCAGUGGAUUAAGGAGUGGAACAUCAGCUCCAGGGAAAAGAGGCAAAUCUAUUUGAUCAUCGCCCAAGAGUUGAAGAAGCUGAAAAAGUAUGAAGAAUCCUUUAAGCAUCUAAACAAACACGUGUAUUACUUCCAGAAGGAAGCACCUGAAGUGUUGAACCACCCCACCACCGUCAAUGCGAGUGUAGAACUUAUUGCAGAUGCUAUUAACUUGAAUAAUAAUAUUUACUUUCACCAGCUGCUAACAUUAGAUGCUAUUCAAAACCUGCAGAACAUUCCUGAGCACCAACCCAUUUUCCACCUACUUACCAUAUUUUACCAAUAUAGUAUUCAUGAAUUUCUAGCGUUUAAAAAUAACUACGGGGAGGAGUUCUUUUCCAAAUAUAGCAUCGACUUGGAAGUUGCGGAAAAUAAAAUCUACCUUCUCUCCAUCAUCUCCCUUUUUAAAGAAACCAAAGUGCAAAACAUCCAGUACAUCUCAGAAAAGCUAAACAUCAGCACUUUAAAAAUUGAGAAAAUCCUCGUGGCUGCUAUUGGAAGUGGAGUUAUAGACGCCAAGAUCGACCAGAUAAAUAAAAGCGUUCAAAUGAAGACCACCAUCUUGAGGCACUUCGACGAGGCCCACUGGGAAAUCCUCAACGCGCAAAUUACCAAGUACAUAAACAAUGUGCAGAAAAUCCUGGACAUCACCACGUCGCGCUCGAGGCCCAUGCAGGGCAAGUAGGGAGCGGUGACCCUUUCAGUUCUGCCUGCCCGCCGUUGCCCCACCUUAGGUGCAUUCACCUGCUCCUUCGCAAGGUGUGCUAACUUCUCCCUUUCGUUGGAUGCUUUCACCUCUCCCCUUCCCUAGGUGCACGCACCCACUCCUUUUUUUUUCCCCUUUGCCAACUUAGAAACACGCUGCGCGAACGCACACGUAUGCAUUGUAAGUAGUGUACAUGCUC